AUGCCCGAGACCCCAUGGUGCAGCGUACAACGCACACAAGCGGACAUCGGCGCGAGAUCUGAACACACACUUGUGGAUGCACGCCACGGCGGCGAGGCUGCUACAGCUGGAAGCGCGCGUGAGCUCGAUGGCCCACCUCCCCGCAGCAUCUCAGCCAUGCGGUGCGGCGGUGUGUCCCAGCGCAUCAAGUCGCCACGCACGAAAGCCCGCAGAGCCUGCCAGGUCCGUCUUUCCUGCGAAAAAAAAAAAGAAACAAGGAAGAACGAAAUAGAGCUCCACUUCUCCACCUCCCUCGAUACCUCGAUAGGACACGGCGGCACGCCGUUCGCCACCGCUGGGUCGGCGCCCCGCUCCUCGCCGCUAGCCUGCGCCCAGCUAGUCGCCGCCCUCCACACUCCUCCCCCCUCGUCACAGUGCCUCCCCUCUACCGUAGGAGCUCAUCACAGGGUCUCAGAAGGUCUCCGCCGCCGAGGGCCUGGCCGCCGGCCACCGCCCGACCUCCGGUCAUCGCCGCCAUGCCCCGUUGAACCCGUGCGCCCCCUCGGCCUCGAUGCGCUUCCCGGCGGCGGCAUCGGCGUCAACCUAGAGAGCAAGGAGCAGGUUGAGAAGGCAAAGCAAGACUAUACCCUAUCUGAUCUCAGUGACAUACUCACGGAGCUGAAAGGCAUGGCCGUAGACAUUCAGUGGGGGUGAUGGAUCUGCUCUCCAACGGCGUGGAGAAGCUCGACUUCUUCUCCGACAAGCACGACGACAACCAGCAUGGAAAAGCAAGGGUGACGGAGCUUAUUGAACUCUCCACUUCUUCUCCGACAAGCACGACGACAACCAGCAUGGAAAAGCAAGGGUGACGGAGCUUAUUGAACUCAGUUGGAGGAUGGCGCGUGCACGUGGAGGACCGGAGCAGCUGGAGUGGGAAGACGCCGUUGGCACAGUUGUUGUCGCCGGAGCAACAACACGUGCUGAAACCAGCGGUGCCUUGCUGCUAGGAGCUGUCCAGUUUCUCUGCUAUAUCCGGGCAACUGGAGUCGGCAAGGUGUCCUGCUACUGCGACGACGAGGAAGAGGAGAAGUUGGUGAGGUGCUGCUGAUGUAGAUCGUUGAUGGCGAGGAGUUAGCGGCGGUGAUGAGAAGCCUUAAAUGUCUAAGAGGGAGUAUGUUUUAACCUAUGUAAUUUGGAAUAUUUGAUUGCAUGAAUAUGAAAUACGGACUGUAUGCAAGUUUGUUGUGAAGGCCAAUUGUUGAUAUCUAGAUA